AUGAUACCUCGAGGCUUGUCCAUUAAGUUCAGCAUUGGUUUGCUCUGCUUCGUUGUGAUACUUUGGGCAUCAUCGUGGUCUGGUGUGGCGAAGAAGUCCGAGAAUUCGAUAGCGAAAUUCGCCUCGUCUGUUGGCUCGACAUUCAGUUCCCCAAAGACGAAUUUUGGUACCCCAGGCAGACCAUAUACCGACACAAAAUUUGACGGAGCUGCAGAUCUUGAAAACUUCCAGAAACCCGGAAGAAUUGCGGCAUUCAUCCUUGCAGGUAGACGAGAGUUUGUCCCCUUACUCAAUUGCUACCUUGAACGAAAUCUUGUCCGCAAUGGUGGCUGGCUCGAUGAGGUGCUUUGGAUCAUAAGGACUGACCAUGAAGACGAUCGGGCCUUUGUCCGCGAACUGGUGGAGAGAACACCAGAAUAUAUUAGUUUCGAGACACGCAGGGGGGACGAUUCGCGGCACUAUGAUACCAUCUACAAGCAAUGUCGCAACGAUACGAUAUACAUCAAGAUUGACGACGAUGUGGUGUUCUGGGAGGACCAUGCUAUUCCUGCUAUUGUAAAACGGCUUGUUGAAAACCCACAGUACUUGGGCAUCAGUGCCAAUGUCAUGAACCAACCCGCCUUGAGCUGGGUUCAUUACCAUCUCGGCACAGCUCGACCGUUUGCUCCAGAAACCACACCGCCUGAGGGGUUCGUUGACCUGGAUCAGCAAUCACCUAUGCCAAUACGUGAGAGGAUAGACUGGCGACCGUCCAGUCUGCCUCAAUGGACUGGUCCCAAGAACUUCAGCUUUGGGUUCCACUUCACGGAACCAGCUCCAUUCAAGCAUCAUCGUUGGCUUCCACUUCCGAAAGACUUCGAGAUCGAAGACACCCCGAUGGGAAAGUUGGGCGAGGGUCACAGCGUCGAGUAUAGCGCCGGUGGUAUUGGUUGGAAGUCCUGGACCAUCGCAGCUCAAGAACACAUGUCGUUUCUGACACACCUGGAGAAUCAAGAAUUAUACCAUUACAAAUUUGACAUCUGGCACUACCACUAUGAAAGGAUCAGCAUCAAUUUCUUCGCAUUUCACGGCAGCUUAGUGCUGGACAAUCCAAUCGAAGGACAAGACGAAGAAUUUUUGACAACUAUUCUGGUCAAGCGCUUGAAGAGACCAGCAAUUAUGGAUGGCACUGCUAUGGCUGUUCACUUUGGUUUUGGCAGGCAAUUCAAUAGACAUGCGUUUGUGAAAUCUUGGCAGAACGUAUGGGAAAUUGGCGCAUUGGAAUGCUAG